CUCUGUGGCCAUGGGAGGGGAAUAGUGAUGCUCAGGACAUGGAGGGUUUUUCUUCCUCCACAAGCAUCCCUGCAAGGGGACAAUCCAGCUUUUCCCCACAGUGAUUUCAUGCUGGGGGUUGUAUCUGGCUGACGGUGCAUCACCCUCCAUGUGAUCUCCCCAGCACUGUUGUCCUUACACACCCUCUCCAAUCCUGGGAAAACAGCCAUGGGAUCCAGAGCUGGGAGGCUCUUGGGAAACAGCCAAGGAACAGCAGAAGGGUCCUGGCUUCAGGAAUGGCAGAAAUCCUCCAAACCAGCCUGAAUGGGCUGAGAUUUAUUGUUUUCCUUUUUAACCCACUUUCUGCCUCUGGAAUAACGGGCUGGAUGUGGAUGUGGCACUGGCAGAGGGUGUUGCGGCUCGUGAUACCCUCCAGUGCUGAGGCUCAUUGUGAAGGCACAGAGCAUGCUGCUGCAGUGGAGGGUGAAGAUGAAGUAGAGCUCUGACCAUGGACCAUGAUGCCCCCACAAUCAGGCCCCGCCGCAUCCAGAACCAGAACGUCAUCCACCGCCUGGAGCGCCGCCGGAUCAGCUCGGGGAAAGCCGGCACCCACUGGCACCAGGUCCGUGUCUUCCACCAGAACGUCUUCCCCAACUUCACCGUGGUCAACGUGGAGAAGCCGCCCUGCUUCUUGCGCAAGUUCUCCCCUGAUGGCCGCUACUUCAUCGCCUUCUCCUCUGACCAGACCUCUCUGGAGAUCUAUGAGUAUCAGGGCUGCCAGGCAGCAGAAGACCUCCUGCAGGGCUAUGAGGGGGAGAUCCUGGCCAACGGCAACGACCAAAGAUCUGUCAACAUCCGCGGGCGGCUCUUCGAGCGCUUCUUUGUCCUGCUCCACAUCACCAAUGUGGCCUCCAACGGGGAGCACUUGAACCGGGAGUGCAGCUUGUUCACUGACGACUGCCGGUACGUGAUCGUGGGCUCUGCCGCGUACCUCCCCGAGGAGCCUCACCCUCCCUUCUUCGAGGUCUACCGCAACAGCGAGUCCGUGACCCCUAAUCCCCGCUCCCCCCUGGAGGAUUAUUCCCUGCAUAUCAUAGACCUCCACACGGGCAGACUUUGUGACACACGGACUUUCAAAUGUGACAAAGUCAUCCUGUCUCACAACCAGGGGCUGUACCUCUAUAAGAACAUCUUGGCCAUUCUCUCUGUGCAGCAACAGACGAUUCAUGUCUUUCAAGUCACACCUGAGGGUACGUUCAUCGACGUACGGACGAUUGGCCGCUUCUGCUACGAGGAUGAUCUCCUAACGCUGUCUGCGGUGUAUCCCGAGGUGCAGCGGGACACUCAGACGGGGAUGGCCAACCCCUACAAAGAGCCCUUCAUAAACUCUUUGAAGCACAGACUGCUGGUAUACCUGUGGAGAAGGGCCGAGCAGGAUGGAAGCGCCAUAGCAAAAAGAAGGUUCUUCCAGUACUUCGAUCAGCUGAGGCAGCUCCGCAUGUGGAAGAUGCAGCUUUUGGAUGAGAACCAUCUCUUCAUCAAAUACACCAGUGAAGAUGUGGUCACGCUGCGGGUGACAGACCCUUCCCAGCCUUCGUUCUUCGUUGUGUACAACAUGGUGACCACAGAGGUUAUUGCUGUCUUCGAGAACACAUCUGACGAGCUGCUGGAGCUGUUUGAGAACUUCUGUGACCUGUUCAGGAACGCCACCCUGCACAGCGAGGCCGUCCAGUUCCCCUGCUCAGCCUCCAGCAACAACUUUGCCAGGCAGAUCCAGCGCCGGUUCAAAGACACUAUCGUGAAUGCCAAGUACGGAGGGCACACGGAGGCCGUUCGGAGGCUGCUGGGCCAGCUCCCCAUCAGCGCCCAGUCCUACAGUGGCAGCCCAUACCUCGACCUCUCUCUUUUCAGCUAUGAUGACAAGUGGGUGUCAGUCAUGGAGCGGCCCAAGACCUGCGGGGAUCACCCUAUAAGAUUUUACGCUCGUGAUUCUGGCCUCCUGAAGUUUGAGAUCCAGGCGGGUCUCCUGGGGCGCCCCAUCAAUCACACCGUGCGGCGCCUGGUUGCGUUCACCUUCCACCCCUUCGAGCCCUUCGCCAUCUCGGUGCAGCGCACUAACGCUGAGUACGUGGUGAACUUCCACAUGAGGCACAGCUGCACGUAGCAUGGCUUGGCUGCUCUUCCUGGGGCUGGGGCUCUGCCACAGGCACACCAAAGCCAGGCACUCGCGCCUUCUAGGAAACCAAACCAUCGCUCCUGUCAAGCAUCCUGACCUGGGAGCUCUGACCGGCCGGCAUCUCGCAGGGCUUCAUCUGCCCUAACUCAAGUUAGGCAUGGGAAUGAUUCUUCUCACCCUGUUUGUACCAUGGAGGUCCCGCUGCAUUAAGCACUGCUGCUGUUCCCUGUUCCUGUUGAUGAACAAAGUGUAGCUGAGGUUCCUUUCCUGGUUUCCCAGAGAUGCAUCCGUUUUCUCUCCUGUUGUAGGUCUCAGGAUGGCAAAGCUGGAGUUUUGCACUGCAUGUGUGGAGUGCUUCCGUCUGCACCGGUGCUUUGCUGCUUUGUUGAGACAAACAUCAUAGAGGGAAUGGAUGGGAGCCAUGGGGAGGGCUUAGAAAUGCAGCUAUCCGUGUUUGUGUCUUCAGUAUUAGCAGGGAAAUGAAAUCCUGUUUUCAUCCACACAAUCCACUUGUGAUUUUAAUAUGCAAGAGAUCAGAAAAAAAAUGGUGAGAGAAAUCACUGCAACCGAGAGACAUGAGGUGCGUUCCUGACUCUUAUGCAAGUCACUUAAUCUUUGUGCCUUAGUAUCUGAAAGCUCCUAAGUGAAAAGUGGUGUGUUAAUACCAUUAAGCCAGGGCAGCUGCCUGUGUCUCUAAUGCAUGAGGAGGUGGGCACAGAAGGAAGAUCAGUGUCUGGGAAGCAUGUGGGGAGCAACAGCAGCUCCUUGCUCACAUCAGAAGGGCUUUUCUGCAGCAUGGGGGUGAAUCCUCACAGCCAUUUGCUGCUGAGAGCAAGGGAGACCCAGCUGCUGGCACCCUCCUGUGUGAUGGAGUACCAGUGUGGAGAAUUAGUAGUAUUUGGGUUUGCCCAAAAGAGAGAGAGGAAACCUGAAUUAAUGUGCAUUGCUGCAGGUUUGCAGUUAGGAGAUGAGCUUGUUGACUUAGGAGAUGAGCUUGUUGAUUUAGGUUGCUUACCUAUCGCUGUCUGAUAUGCUGUUCUCUGUGAGAACCUGAUUUGCUGUUCCCAGGCUUCAAAGCACAGUUGACUGGUGCAUCAGUACUGAUUGAACCACUGUGGUGUUUAUGCUGCUGAUAAAAUAAGAUCCUGGGUAUAGUAUUACCUGCCAGCGUGGGCUGGUGAGGAUGCUGGCCUGACCUUCUCUUUUAAACAUGUUUUUAGUUCUAGGCCAACAUUUGGGCUUUCCUGCACACAGGCUUGUUUAUGGCUUUGUGCUGCCAGGCACUACACCCAUCCCUCUGCAUCCAUCACGAGCCUGUGGUUGUCCCAUUCCUAUAGGAGGUAUAGAGGGGCAUUACAAAAUUGGUGCUUAUACAUGGGAGACCCUCCUACUUUAAAGGACCCUUGGGGAUGUCUUGUUUGGACCAAACUGAGAUGUGGGUGAUGUGUUGUGAAGAACAACAUUGAAGUCAUGCAUGCAUUUUGCAUGGUGCUGCAUAGGAAGAGAACCAUGUGGGUUGUUGGUGCUUGCUUAGUAUCAAGAGUGGACCUUGUAAUGGAGGGUGCUCUGGGCUUCCCUGAAUCAGCCUUUACUCUAUCUCAUGGUACUUCUCUCCUCUCCUGGGUUGCUAAACGUAUUUCUAGGGUAAGAUACUGUAUUUCACCGCUCUCUUCCUUGUGUUUGCACUGUUGGUUUCUCAGGUCUGUCAGGAGCAACUUCAGGGCAGAAGCCUGCUAAUAGAGGAGGCGUCAGGCCAUGUGUGCUUCAGCUCCAGGUUCCUCUCCAUCUAAUAACACUAUUUGCCAAGGUUUAGGUUUUUAUCCUGUGAUUUGUUCCUCAAACAUUUAGUUAAAGCUCCAAGUGGAGAAUCAUUUGCACAUUGUAGAUCGUGGAUUUACCUCCUCCUGCACCACUCUCUUAUUUGUUCACAUUUCCAGUAUGAAACUUUUUCUUUUCCAAAGCUUUCAGCAGCUCCAUCCAAGACUGAGUUUUCUCCUUGGCAUCACAGCCUUGGGAAAUCAGUGCUUCCUAAAAGAGCUGUCAGAUCCCCAUUUAGACUUCUAUUUGGUGGCAAAAACACAAACCACUUCAUUUCUGAAACCAGAGCUUUUGCCAAAUUCAGGCUGUCCUGUGUGAAGCAGAGAGCAUGGCAUGGAUUGUGAGAUGCUGAGACAUAGAGAUCUGUUCUUAGCUCAGCUAGUAAAUUGUUCUGUGACUGGGGCAAAUCUCCUCCUGCUCCAGCUGGUGUUUUCUUCUCUGUAAUGAGGCCAAAAAACCAUAUUUUUCAGCUUUUGUAAAACCACUUUGAGAUUCAUGGAUAAAAAGUGCUGCCUAAGUGCGAAGUAUUUUCUUACUCUGUUUGCAGACAAACUGAUUGAUCAUUCUGGGUACUAAUUGCCUGGGAGUAGCACAGCAGAUCCUCUGGUCUUGGCUGCUGCCUUUUAUAUCUACCACAGAGUUAAUUUUAUUACUGAGAUGUAUUGAACGAAAAGCUUCUCAUGCUUGAAAUUUGGAUUCUUUUAUUGAAGAAACAAGAAGCGUGUGUGGUGGGGAGGGUGGGAGCAAAGGGGAGAUCUUUUCUACCUGCUAUUUUUUUCCUAGGCUAGGAUGAAGAUUUGUUAGCAACACAAAAGACAGAAAUUGAAUAAACACAAUUUGUUUUAAGAGCCUCAUUUAUUGUCUUUGUCUUCCAAAAUGUUUAAUGGUGCAGAUGGGAAUUCCUUUGCUAAGAAGGAAAUUAGCAGAGGUGUGCCUUGGACUACACAGGCAUGUCACAUGCACCUCUUCCUGGCAUUUGGGAUACAAGUGUGCUCAAGGAUAUUCCUGUCUUUGGGAACAUUCCUUUGGUUACUGCAGAUUUCUCAAGCUCUUGUUUACGUGAGCUAAUGCUGCAGGAGGCAUUCUUGGCCUUCAGUUAUGUUUUCCCUUUGUAUAUUAUUGCUAGCCCAAUUUGUAUUUACAGACUCUUCCUUUAUUCCAUUUAUAGCAUUUGUCUAACCCUGGGGCUGUUUUCUGCUGAUGGUUCAUGACCAGAAGAUGCCAGCUGAACACACCUUGCUCGGCAGAAGAGCCAUCAUCUCUCCAUGGCUUCUAGGUUGGGCUGAGGCACUCAGAUUUCCCACUGUGCACUGCUCCCAGCUUUGCAGAACAACAUGUGAAUGGCACCUUCCCAGUGUCUGGAAUCCCUUUUAAGCUGCUCUGUAACAAGCUUGCAGCAUCCCUGUUUGUGUUAGUUCCUCUGAACAUCCACAUCUGGGACAAGAAAUCCACUUUAUUUUGAGCCCCACCUCCACUUUCAUGUGUGCAGAGCUCUGAUGCUUUCCUUUGGAGACCUUGAGCAUAUCAGAAAGCACUUGAGCCUGUGGCUUUUCAGACAGGCACUAAGUGACGAGGUGAUGCUUGACUUGGGAGCCAUGUUUGACUGGCAGUAGAAUCUAUCUUUUGUUACUUCUUGUGCUGCCUUUGCUUUUAAAAAGAAGCAGUAAAAGCAGGACACUUGCAAUAUUUCUUAUAUAAACUGCAUUGGACAGUGAGCUGCAGAAAUCCCAUUAGACUCAAACCUCUGUAUCCUGUAAUGGUGUGUCCCUGCUAAAGACUCCUUUCAAUUAACCUUCCAGCACUGAGUGACUGGCCCUGAUUUAGCUCCUGAUGUUCUCAGUGCACCUGUAUGACCUUCCUUUUGCUCAGGUGCUGGUGCUUGUUCUGCUUCCCUUGGUCCUUCUGACCCAGCCAGCACAAUCAGAUUUCUGAUGCUUUAAGAAGUCUAUUUGUCUGUCUUCUGUCUGUCCCCUGUCUUGCUGCUUUUCUGCCAGCUUUUCCUGCAGGAUCUGGGGGCUAUGGGCAGAGAGAUGGUAAAGGCUGGAUGGCAACGGGAAAUGUGGCACUCCAGCAGCUUUCAUCCUGUGAACCAGGUGGGUGCAUGCUGCAGAGCACAUUGAUGGUUUUGUGGGCAGGCAACAGGACAGGAUUUUGUGGGUUUGCUUUUGCCUUGCUUCCCAAGUUUCAGAGCCCUGGUGAUCAAUGCAUCUGAACCCUCGUGCUUCCCUGUCUUGUUACAUGGUUGUAAAAGCUUUUCUGGCCAAGCACUCCUCAGCAGAAUGGUGAGGUGACUUUGAUUUCUUCAACUUUUCCCCUUGCUCCAGGGCUGCAGGACAUGGGCUGAGCUGUGCAAGGUCGGUCAGUGUAGCAGUAACAGCCUGGCACUACCUGCCCACCAGGCUGACACCUCAUCAGGCAGCAGCAUCUCCUGCUCGAGCCAUUUGCUGGCAAAGGUCUGAUUUGCCUUUGUUUCUCCCAGGGAAGAGCUAUAAUGACUGUAUAAGGAAAGGAGCUCUCAAGAAAACACCUAUGUGGGGAAACCCUGAAUUGCGCAUUCUUCUUCUAAUGUUUUGACAUAAAAAUACCACACUGGUUUUAGACUGGC